AUGGCCGAUGAAUCGGCGCAUCGCCGCAACCAGUCCGCCAGCAAUGCCAUCCCACUGCAGACCCUCACCAGCAAUGGUGCCUCUGAGCGGACUGGAGGCCUGGACAGGAACGAGCCCCAUCGCCGCACUCUCAGCGAUCGUGGACGAGACUUCCUCAGAGUCGGCCGAUCAAGCGCGGGUAACAGACGGCAGGCGCCGUACAGUCCCAUCCACGACCAAGACGAAGGCUCUCCUACACCAGGCUCCCGAAACGCAGCGCGCCCUACGAUCGCGUUCGUCACGACACCCUCCGGCCAGCACGAGCGCAUACCGGACGAAGAUGACGAGACACAGCCCUUGUCGCCCAUCGCGGAUAGAGGCGCGUUCCAGAGUGCCAUCGGAUUCGCAGGACUACAGCACGUCUCAUCAGACCACCUGGACGACGAUGAUGACAUAGACGACACACCGCCAACGCCCUCACGAUCCUCUCGUGCGACCUUGGACAGCCUUCCUCCGAUUCAGACUCGACGCAGCGCAGAUGAUAUGGUCUCCGUGCAGCUAGACGAUGGACCCGCCUUCUUCUCUCCAGGAGUUGCCGAUGAGGACGACACUGUACCGCUGACAGACUCAUCGAGGCUUCGGCCAUCAAUUGUGGAGGUGCAGAACACACCCACGGGUCAGCGUCACGACCGGCAAAGGAGCAGGGCAGGCUCAGCACUCAGUGGCCUGAGUGUACGCUUUGGGGCGUCUCCAUCUGGGCAGAGCGGACGCUCAAGAGGCAAUUCGAGACUAGGCGAUGAUUUGACAGAUCUCAGCGCAACACCGUCAAGCAGGGGCACAUACCUGUCUCCCUUAGGCGAGUCGCCCUUGCAGCGAACAGGCACAAUGCUUCGGAAGAUGUCCCAGCGUGUGGUGAAUCUGAGUAACGAGACCGAGCCUGUGGAAAGAACUACGCCACGAAAAUCGGUUGUACCGCCGCCGGAAGAUCUCAACGAGGCUGCCUUGGACGGCACAGCGCCUCCUCGAUCCCCCGCGAGCGAGAAACGGCCUUCAAUCGUCGAAGAUUCAAGCCCACCUCUUCAGCUUCCCCCGAGCGACCGGAACCCAUUGAGGGGCAAGUCACUUGGAUUGUUCUCUCAGGACAGCAGGGUUCGGCAGUCACUUCUGGAAUUCCUCGUGCAUCCGUUCGUGGAGCCGGUCAUUCUCGUUCUCAUUGUUAUCCAAACCAUCGUCCUGGCAAUUGAGUCAGCGCCAAAUGUUUACCUGGAUCCGCGGCCCCAGAACUGGGAUAACAAUUGGAGCGAUUGGCUGAUUCUGAGCAUAUUCAUCGUCUAUACCAUCGAGAUAGGAAUCAAAAUCGUGGUUUCGGGCUUUCUAUUCAAUCCUACAGAGUACAGCACCAUAGAUCGAAGCAUCGGGAUCAGGGAGGCACUCAAGAAAAAAGCUGAUGCCAUGUUCGCGCUGCAUCGUAAGGACUCGAAAAAGGGCCUGCACGAGCAGGUCAUAGAGCCUCAUGCACCAGCACCAGACUCUCUGCUCCGAACCUUUACGACUCAUGAUAUCGACGAGAUCCCUGGCGGUUCGAGACAGGCACAGAAAAAGCGCCUCGCAUAUCGCGCCUUCUUGCGACAUUCCUUCAAUCGUCUUGAUUUCGUGGCCGUGGUGUCGUUCUGGAUCAGCUUCGUGUUGGGUUCCGCGGGGAUAGAGUAUCAGCACCAGCUGUACGUCUUCCGGAUGAUGAGCUGUCUUCGCAUAUUGCGACUCCUGGGCAUCACCAGCGGCACGUCCGUAAUCCUCCGUAGUCUGAAGCGGGCGGCGCCGAUGCUGAUCAACAUAGCAUUCUUGAUUGGAUUCUUCUGGCUACUGUUCUCGAUUGUGGGAGUGCAGAGCUUCAAAUCUAGUCUGCGCAGACAAUGCACCUAUAUUGGGCCGGCUGGGGUCGGGAACAACACUCAGGACCAACCACCGCCUGCAGGAAAUUUCCAAUUUUGCGGCGGCUAUCUCUCAGACAAUGGCACGGCCAUGCCAUGGCUGAAGUCAGAUGGUACACCUGGCACUACUGAACACAAAGGCGUUCUAUGCCCGCAAGGCUCGCUUUGCCUGGAAGGCACGAAUCCAUACAAUGCUACGAUCAGCUUCGACAAUAUCUUCCAGUCUGCCGAAUUGGUCUUCGUGAUCAUGACCUCGAACACCUUUACAGACAUCAUGUACUUCCUGACUGAUUCGGAUUACCUCGCCGCGGCUCUUUUCUUCGCCUUCGGAAUCAUCUUCCUGACCUUUUGGCUGAUUUCGCUGCUGAUAGCCGUCAUCACAGCUUCCUUCCAGGUCAUCCGCGAAGAGAGCAGGAGCAGCGCUUUCAUGGCCGAAGAUGAACCUGCUGAAGGGGCUCUCAGUAAUACUGAAAGUGCGGACGGGGCCGUCAAGCGCCAGCCACCCGUGUCAGCGAUCAAACGUGCCUACCAAAAAUGCUACUGGGUCUGGAUCGUUAUCAUCGUCUUCGAUCUGGUCGUUCAGAGUCUGCGGACAGAUACCAUGGGGAAAUUCACAAAAGAGCUGCUCUUCUGGGUAGAGCUGAUCGUAACUUUCGUCCUAGUCUUCGAGAUUGUGUUUCGCUUCAUCUCCGACUGGCGAGAUUUCCGUCACCACAGACGAAACUGGUUCGAUCUCUUCCUCGCGAUCAUGACCACGAUCAUCCAGCUGCCACCCAUUCGGAACUCCGGCCAGCCAUACGCAUGGCUCACAGUAUUUCAGAUACUGCGCAUCUACCGCGUGGUUCUGGCAGUCCAGAUGACGCGAGACCUUAUCAUGCUCGUAUUGCGACACGUUUCUGGUGUGGCUAACCUCAUCCUAUUUGUGUUCCUCUUGACAUUCCUCGCGGCCAUAUUUGCAGCACAACUGUUUCGGGGCCAGCUUCCAAUACUCGACGAUCAGGGCAACUACAUUCAGGUCAAUUUCGCCACGAUCUUCAACGCCUUUCUCGGCAUGUACCAGGUCCUUUCUAGUGAAAAUUGGACCACGGUCAUGUACAACGUGGCGCGAUUCGACAAGCAAUACGGCACCGCUUGGAUAGCUGCCACCUUCUUCAUCAUCUGGUUCAUUCUAGCCAACUUCAUUGUCCUGAACAUGUUCAUUGCUGUCAUUCAAGAAAACUUUGACGUCUCGGAAGAUCAGAAGCGCAUGCAGCAGGUCAGGAUGUUCCUCCAGCGGAAAGAACUUGGUAACAACAGUGGUGGUACCCUCUCGCUGUCGACGAUUUUCAAGUUCGGCAUGGUGAAACGGCAAGACCCGCUGGAUUUUGGAUCAGCAGCCACGGAGAUGUUGCUGAAGGACGCUGUUGUACGAGACUUCCUGGACGAGCAGAUGGACGAUGAUGGGCAGCUCAAACGUACCGGAACUAACAAUCUCCUGUCUGCGUCCACUCUCAACUUGGUUAAGCAGCCGGCUGGCUGGGGCAAGUGGCUAAAGGAGAAGCUGUCGAAGCACCUGCUCGAUCGCGAACCGAACCCAUUUUAUUCUCGAUUGCAGUUGACCAAGCCGUACGAAGAGCUUGAUCCUCGAGCUCUGGCCAAAGAAGUCGUUAGUGCCGCCGAGCAACGCAAGGUCUCUCAGCGAGAAUUUCUUCGCCGUCAUCCGAAGUACAAUGUCUCGCUGUACAUGUUCAGUCCCGACAACCCGCUUCGGAAGUUCUGCAUGCGCAUUGUUGGGCCUGGCCGCGGCGAUCGCAUCCAGGGUGUGCAACCAAAUCCAACCAUCUGGUAUUCCUUCUCGGCUUUCAUAUACGCAGCUAUUGUCGGCAUGGUUCUGCUUGCCUGCGUCACUACACCUCUCUUCCAGUUGGAGUACUUCAAGAAAUAUCCCGAUGCAAGCGACAAAUAUAAUUGGUUCGUGUACACCGACAUAGGUUUUGCGGCCCUCUUCACCGUGGAAGCCAUCAUCAAGGUUAUCGCAGACGGUUUCUGGUUCACACCAUGUGCCUACUUCCGCAGCUCCUGGGGUUUCAUCGAUGGCGUUGUGCUUGUCACGCUCUGGGUGAACGUCAUAACCUCCCUAUACGACCCUAGCAGUGGCUCGCGGGCGGUUGGCGCAUUCAAAGCCUUCAGGGCGCUGAGGCUGCUAAACGUCAGCGACAGCGCACGAGACACGUUCCAUUCAGUAAUCGUACUGGGUGGCUGGAAAGUCCUCAGUGCCGCCUUUGUCUCAUUGAGCUUGCUCAUACCCUUCGCCAUCUAUGGUCUGAACCUCUUCGCGGGAAAGAUGGCAUGGUGCAACGACUGGCAGGAAUACGAUGUGCACAAUCUCACCGACUGUGUUGGUGAGUCGGUCUUCUCCCCAAUUGGAUACGACAUGCUCGCCCCUCGGAGAGUCGCACCCGUUAACUACGCUUACGACUUCGAUUCGUUUGGUGACGCUCUCUUCAUUUUGUUCCAGGUCGUCUCGCAAGAAGGCUGGGUCGACCUUAUGUGGAGCGCACAAUCGAUCACUGGCGUGUUUACUCAGCCAGCAUGGUUCGCAUCCCAAGGCAAUGCGGUCUUCUUCGUGCUCUUCAACUUGCUUGGCGCGGUCUUCGUGCUCACGCUGUUCGUUUCAGUGUUCAUGCGAAACUACACUGAACAGACUGGGGUCGCUUUCCUGACCUCAGACCAGCGGUCAUGGCUCGAGUUACGCAAGCUCCUACGUCAGGUGGCACCAUCGAAACGGCCAAAUCGGCAGAAACGGCGACUGUCAUGGCAAGAAUGGUGUUAUCGCCGUGCAGUGACCAAGAAUGGCCGCUGGCAACGAAGCAUCACAGGCAUUUUGAUCGCCCAUCUUAUCUUGCUCUGUUUGGAAUGGUAUCCAGAACCGGAAGCUUGGGCCCUCACGAGGAUGUGCAUAUUCUUCAUCUUCAUGCUGUUCUACAUUGCCAACAUUGUCAUCCGUAUAGCUGGCUUAUCCUGGUUCCGAUUUCGAAAGAGUGCUUGGGACAUGUACUCAAUCGUGGUGGUUUUUGGUGCCAUGGUCACCUCCAUCGUUGUGUUUGGAGAUCUGAGCAACGGCGUCUACGCCCAGACGCAUAAGUUGUUCCUGGUAGCAGUCGCGUUGCUGCUGAUUCCACGCAACAACCAGCUGGACCAGCUUUUCAAAACGGCAGCGGCGAGUUUUAGCGCGAUCGCAAAUCUGCUGGCCACCUGGUUCGUGCUCUUCCUCGUGUACGCCAUAGCCUUCACGCAGACCUUCGGCCUGACGCGCUUUGGACCGAAUGAGAGCGACAACGUCAAUUUCCGGACAGUGCCCAAGGCCUUGAUCCUGUUAUUCAAGAUGAGUGUUGGUGAGAGCUGGAAUCAGCACAUGAUGGAUUUUGCCAACAUCGAACCCCCCUACUGCACCGUGUCAGAGCACUACUACGAAGGUGACUGCGGAAGCAAGCAGUGGGCAUAUGCGCUUUUUGUGUCCUGGAACAUCAUCAGCAUGUACAUUUUCGUGAAUUUGUUCAUCUCGUUGAUAUACGAGAGCUUCUCAUACGUGUACCAGAGAAGCAGUGGCCUAUCGAUCAUCAGCCGGGAGGAGAUCCGCCGGUUCAAGCAAGCAUGGGCAGAGUAUGAUCCGAACGGCACAGGCUUCAUCUCCAAAGAUGUGUUUCCCAGGUUUCUGGGUGAGCUUUCAGGCAUAUUCGAGAUGCGUAUCUACGACGGCGAUUUUACCAUCAGCAACUUGAUCAACGAUUGCAGAGUGGGCCCCAGGAGGGCUUCACAACUGCCUCUUGAUGGAGAAUCAUCGAACCCGGACAUCGAUCUCGCCAAACUCAACCGACGACUGGCCGAGCUCCCAGUGGGCGAGAUCCAAAGGCGCAGAGCACGCAUGAAUACGUUCUACGAAGAGGUGCUGGUGUCGGCAGAUCCUGAUCGCGGGAUCGCCUUCAAUGCGCUGCUGAUGAUUCUGGCGCAUUACAAAGUGAUUAAUGACAACAAGAGUCUGCGACUGGAAGAAUUCUUGAGACGAAGAGCAAGGUUACAGCGCGUGGAAGAGGCAGUCAACCGUAACAUCGUUGUUGGUUUCUUCGACACGCUUUACUGGACGAGAAAAUUCAAGCGACACUUGGAUGCGAAGAAGGACGCGCGCAUGACGAUGAUACCCUCGUUUGGCGUGCCUGAAAUCCUGGUACAAGAUGAGGGUGGCGACGACAUUACGCAAGCUCGCAAAGUCGACGUCCCUGCCGUGAGUGUGACACCCGUUGACCAUAAUCCGAAUGACACUGCGGAGGCGCUAGGCAUUGGACGCGCACCACCAGGCGAUUCAAGCCCAAACACGGCUUUUAGGGACAGAAGCAGCUCGAUCCAGCUUUCGCCUGUCGCAUCGCCCACGCGUGAAGGGUUCAAUCUGUCUCCUCGACAUCGUCCAACUGCUUCAAGCAGCAGCAUACAGCCAGAUUGGCAUUUCGCAGCUGCCAUGGAAGGAGUUGCCAGGCCUUCUCCUCCAGGUAGCCCGGGAUUGAGCGAUGCAGAUGCUUCAGCAGCCCGAAGUCGGGCUAACAGCGCAGUCAGUCAACACGAUAUGCUGGGCAUGUUCCAGGACAGCGCGUGGGGGCAGUCGAUGAGGAGGAGCUUCACGACAAAACGCCCGGAUGACCAACGCAGGCCUUCAUCAUGA